AUGUUUGAAGUGGACCACAUCACCAUUAGUAUUAAGACUGAUCUUAGCGAUAGUAUUGAAAAAGCUUUUGGUCAUGAAGGACUAGGCAUAAUAGCAGUAAGUGGUGUUCCAGAGCUUCAUACGAAACGAAACAAGCUCUUACCAUUGUCAUUUACAUUUGCUACACUACCAGAUUCUGUAAAGAUAAAAUAUGAACGACCUGACGCAUAUUAUAGCUAUGGAUGGAGUCCUGGAAAAGAAAAGAUACAAGGCAAGAUCGAUCUUGCAAAAGGAUCGUAUUAUAAUAAUCCAGAGACGAAUGAGAUGGCACACGAACUUAUGGCUACAUUUCCAUCGUUUUACUCGACGAAUGUAUGGCCAACAUUUGAACUUCCAGAUUUAGAACAAGCUUUUAUGAAUUUGGGACAAUUGAUUGUGGACACCGGAAUUUUACUAGCUUCUCAAUGUGAUACAUUAGACGAAGUAAAUGAAUGUCCCGAGUAUGAAAAGGGGCAAUUAUAUCGUCUUCAAGGAAAAUGUGCCAAAGCAAGAUUAUUGCAUUAUUAUUCCCUGUCUGAAGAUGAGAUUGCAGCACAAAGUAAAACCUCGACGUUUCAAGACUCAUUUGCUUGGUGUGGAUGGCACAAUGAUCAUGGAACACUUACGGGAUUAGUACAAGCCAUGUAUACUGACUCCACGGGUGCGACUGUAACUAAUCCAGAUCCUACCGCUGGACUCUAUGUAAAGACUCGUCGGAAUGAAAUUGUCAAGGUCAAUAUCCCACCUGAUCAUCUAGUCUAUCAAAUUGGCGAAACAUCACAGAUCCUCUCUGGAGGUAUCUUACAAGCCACUCCGCAUGCUGUACGAGGACCUCAGGUGACGGGUGUGAACCGUGAAACAUUUGCUGUAUUCAUGCAGCCGUUGCCAGAAAAAAGGAUGGCUGUGCCGAGCUCUAUGGAUACUCUUGACGCUGGAAAGACCGAGCACCUGCCCAAGGGUGUGCCAUCUUUGCUCUCACGCUGGAAGAACAAUAUGACCUUCAAUGAUUUCACACAGGCCACUUUCAAGGCGUACUACUAA